CUCACGCCGUCGCCACUGACUUCUCGCAAUUUGAGCUGGCUUGCCAUGUCAGAAAGGCGUUCCACUAGUUGCCCUGCACAUGAGAAGGAUGUCAAGGAGCGCCGGGACGGCCUCGGGACGGACAGCCUUUCUCCCGUGAGUCCUUUGACCUUGCUGGCGGCAUCGCCCAGCGCGGGGUCGCCCACCUGGGCCUCUCGCAAGGUCCGUGCCCUGCGCAGCUCACGCCGCACCGCGACCACUGCCGGGACCAGCCACCUGGAGCCCCUGCCGUUGGCGAAGGGUGCGGUACGGCACCACCGACCCAGUAGCUCUUCGGGCGCGGCCGGAGGCUUGGAGGAACAGAAGGGUGAGCUGACAGUGGCCUUGGAUUUCGAGGCCGCCGAGGCCUUGGGAAGGAAGAUCUUGGGGAAGGACUCAUGGGUGAAGAGGAUUUUCGAAGAAUUUGACGGAGCAGCUUGUGGAUAUCUUUGGCCUGCAGAGUUUGCUGCCCUGAAAGCGCGCUUUGAAGAAGCCAUGGGUAGCUUCGGGAGCCGGGCGAAAUUCAACUUUGAUGCGGCAGACACCAAUAUGGAAGGAAGGAUCAGCCUCUAUGAGUGGGAGCGCUACUCCACCCAGCUGAUCCAGGAGCUGGGUGAGACCCGCUGCCGUGUGGCCGCCGAGCGCGUCCUGGGCAGCCGCAAAGCCGAGAGCCGCCGCAAGGUAAAGCACGUCUUUGUCUCGGAGGGAUUUGAGGCUCAGGCUUCGGUGCGGCUGCUGGAGGUGUGCUCCAAGGGCCACAAGAACCUGAGCCUUCUGGAAGACACCCGCGUGGCCUUGUCCACGAAAGCUGACCCCAAUGCGGGGCUUGCCAGCCCGGCCUUCAACGACUACACUCCGCUGAUCUUCCUGGCCAGUACUCCGCCCUCGGCCAAUGGCCCGCAGGUUGCACAGGCCAUGGAGCUGUUGAUCGCCUCCCACGCGGACGUGCACCGCGAGUGUGGACAGAUGACCAGUGGCCGGCUGGUGCCCUUGCGCUUUGCGGCGCGUGCGCAGAAUGAGUAUGGCCUUGAAACGUUGCAGAGGCACAUGGAUUUGGGUGAUGCCUUCCACUGGGCAGCCGGGGAGAACGCCGAGGGCAUCAUGCUCUCUGAGAUCAGGCGGAAGUUUGGGAACCAAAUGGCCAAGACCAUUGGGGAGAUGGCCUCUUUCAGCUACGUGGCCAGCACCCAGAUGAGACUCUUUGCCUCACCCAUCUUCCCAGGUGGCUUGCGCGCCUCGGGCGCGGUGUCGCUCUGCAAGGGCCUCUACGACGAUGGCCACGUGCGGAAGGGCCAACGAGCGGAUCCCAACUCUCCGGGCCUUGAAGGCAAUACGGCUUUGAUGGACAUGAUCACGGAAGGGAAUCUGCCAGUGAUUCAAGCCUUGCUUGACUGCCGAGCCAACCUGGAUCAGAGGGAUAGCAGCGGGGCCACGCCUUUGCACUACGCCGCGAUGCACGGGAAGGUGGACGUGAUUCGAUUUCUGUUGGAGCGCGGCGCGGAUCCCAGCGCUGUGAACCACGCGGGCUUCUCACCGUGGAUGAUGGUGGCUGAAGCUUUGAACGUCAGUGGAGAGGAACUCCGAGACAGCCUGGAGCUGUUGAAGCCGCAAGUGAGUCCGGAGGAGUUGUUGCAGGUGGCAGAGGAGCCUGAAGCCUUGCUGCAGCUAGUGGAGGAGGUGAGCAUGGAUCAUUUGCAGAAGUCCUUCCGCUUGCACGAAAGCCUCUUCUUCAACCCACGCAUGGCCAUCGUUGGCUCCUGGGAGGGCCGGACUUGUCUCAAUAGCUUGCUAGAACGCUGGGCGAACAUCCUCAUCCAGUUGCUGCAAGUUGAUCCUCUAAAGGGGAACCUGAAGAUCUUGGCCAAGUACCUCCUCACUGCCACGAAGGGCCCAGAGAGCCAAGUGACCUUUGGGCAGAUCCGGAAGGUCUGGCAGCAGGAGGAUAACCGUUCCUCCUACCGUGCUCGGCUCACAGAAGCAGUCAAGGCACAGCUGAACGUCUUCGCCGUGGACUGCGGGCAGCUGCGGAAGCAGGUGGAGCGGGCAGCCCGUUUGGCCACAGAGGAAGAGGAAGAGGUUGAAGAGGCCAAAACCCACGAAGACCGCCAGGCGCAGUGCGAACAUGACAUCGCCGAGAUGAUCUACAGCUUCCCGGAACGCCUGAAGAGAGAGUCUUACAAAGCCUGCCACGCACUGCUGCAAAUGCCCAAAGACCAGGUGACGAUCCCCGAUAAAUGGCAGGUGGAGUCCUUCUGGAAGCGUGUGCAGGAGCGGCAGGUCUUACGCUAUGACCCUCUAUGGUCCCUUGAAAUCACGGAUGGCGCGAGUUGCUUCCUGCAACUGCUACGCCUGGGAGUCCCCAAAGAUCCCACCUUAAAGAUGAAACGUGAAGAGGCCUGUGUAGUGUCUUCGAUUGCAGAGUACAGCCAACUUCGGCAGGUGCAGCAUGCGCAGAUGAAAGAGCUCUAUGCCAGAGGCUAUGUGACAUACUCAAAUCUGUGCAACAAGCCUUUUCAGGAGAAGAUGAAGCAGAUUGUUGCCCGGGCGCAGGCCUCGGGUGUUUUCGUGGAGGUGCCCGAAGAGGUGGUGGCUGCGAAACGCCUCCAGCGGAUACUUGAGAAGACACUUGAAGCUGAACAAGAGCGCGCUGGAUGGGACUGGCCGGAGAGAUCAGAGUUGUAUCUUCAACACACCUACUGCUUCUACAUCUUAGAUACGGUCAGAAUGAGCUUCUCCUGUCGAGGAAUGGAGAGAAGAGAUGGCAAUAUGCAAGCGUUGGAGGUGAGACGGUUCCCGAGCAGGUGCACUGUUGCAUGCGCGUCUUGGAGGAGUUUCAGCACUGCAGUGUGGAAACGGACGGAGUUCAGCUGCUGCGGACCAAGUCGGGCUUUGCUGCCGGGGUCACGGCGGAUGGUGGAUACGCCGAUGUGAAACUCCUUUGCUACGCAGACUUGGGCAGCCACGUGGCAUUCGAUGGGACCGAGAUCCCUUUGCGGAUCAUCGGGGAGAUCCAGCUGAUUCUGGAGGACUACGAGGCCGUGAAGAAGCGGAUGCACUUGGUCUAUGAGGUGAACCGUGGCAGCUUCGAUCGGGCAAAAGCCUCCAGCAAACGCGUCACCGACCGCACGCAGCGCGCCGGGUCUGGAGUGACUUGAGCUCUGGAAACACGAGCGACUUAGGUCACUGUGUCACUGUCACUGGAUUUUUGUAAUACAGCAGCCCUUGGAAGAGCUUCGAGUUCCGAUUUUAAGUUCUGCGCGGGGCAAAUUAACUGAGGGCCUAAGGGCCACAAGCAUUUUCAGUCACUUUCCAACAAAGCCAGUGUCCACUGUGAUCAUUCAUUGCGCACGACCAUGUCGGGUGAUGUCGGCUGCAGCUGUUUGGAGUGGAAAAUCCAGCGAUUCCUUUUAUGUGUCAGCUUUGAGCCCCGGAGGGGCGCCAGCAGGCCGGACUUCCAAGCGCUCAUUUGAUCAUCACUUCAGUGUGAGCGUGGAAGGCAUGAACAUCAUAGAUAAUAAAACAGGGAUAUGGCGAUAUGGCGGUACGCACUUGUUUGGACGUCUUGAAGCUUUUUGUGCGCACCGUAUAUACCAAACAUAUUUUUAAAGUUGGUUACCUCUAGCAGGGCCAUGUGACCCCCUACGGAAGAUUUUUUGUCGUGCAGGAAGAUCAGAUUUGUGUCUAGGUUGAACGGCUAGUGCCAUAGGACGAAAGUGGGGCCCGCCCAGACCUGAGGUUAAAGCUCAGAAUGACUUAGUUGCUAUGGCAGGUUUGACAAAGAGUGAGAUGUUUUGGUGUGGCUGGCUUUGCUGGGGGGCAUCCAUGUGUGGCAUAAUUGCCCUUGCAUUGAACUCGAAAACAUUCUAAAACCACCCCA